AAAGUCAGAAUUCACAAACCCCUCUAUAGGAGAGAAAUUGGGAAGAAGAAAUUUCGAGCAUGUUCCGAUUUGCGUUCAUGGAUUAAUGGCAUCAUGGCGACCGGCAAAGGAAUAGCAGCGAUAUUCCGACCGCGAAAUAUUAGAUUUAUUGGUAAUAAUAAUUUUAAUAAACUCCAAAGUGAUUAUCUAGUGACAAAUAAUGACUGUCACCGAUUAUUUUCCUCGACGACUCUUGGUGUCGACACGUGGGCCAAAAGUUACAGUGAUAAACGUCUAGAUAAAUUUUCAACACUGAAACGCAACUUUCAUGUGACAAAUAAUUUACUGGCUGCUAAAGCUAAUUAUUAUGAAGUACUUGGGUUGUCGAGAAACUGCUCCGCAAAGGAAAUCAAGAAAGCGUACUUUCAAAUGGCUAAAAAGUAUCACCCGGAUCAGAAUAAAAGCCCGGAUGCUGCUGAUAAAUUUAGGCUAGUCUCGGAGGCUUAUGAAGUUCUGAGUAAUGAAACUAAGAGAAAAGAAUAUGACACCUGGGGUGCGACAUCUGAGCAGAUGGGCAUGGGUAAUGCAGGGUUCAAUCCUGGCAGUGCUAGUGGAGGAGGAGGAGGAGGACAAGGGCAAGGAUAUGCCAACCAUAAUUGGAAUUUCCAAUCUACGAUAAACCCCGAAGAAUUGUUUAGGAAAAUAUUUGGAGAGGCUGGAUUUAAAACGGGAAAUUUUUCAGACUUUGACGACUAUGCAGACACUAAAUACGGUUUUGGUACUGCACAGGAGGUUAUAAUGAACUUGACAUUCGCACAAGCAGCCCGAGGUGUCAACAAAGAAAUAACUCUAAACGUCGUUGAUAUUUGUGACAAAUGUGAAGGAUCUAGGUGUGAACUUGGAACGAAAGCUAUUAAAUGUCAACAAUGCAAUGGUACGGGAAUGGAAACUAUCAGCACUGGGCCAUUUGUAAUGAGAUCAACAUGUAGAUCUUGUCAUGGGUCUAGAGUCUACAUCAAAAGUCCUUGCAGGGAAUGUCAAGGCAAAGGCCAAAAUGUCCAACGAAAAAAAGUAAUCGUACCUGUACCAGCUGGCGUUGAAGAUGGACAAACAAUUCGUAUGGCUGUUGGAACAAAAGAAGUUUUCAUUACAUUCCGCGUAGAAAAAUCGCGUUACUUCAGACGCGACGGAGCUGAUGUGCAUACAGACGCGGAGAUAUCACUCGCGCAAGCAGCCUUGGGUGGAACUAUAAAAAUCCAAGGUGUCUAUGAGGAUCAUACUGUCCAAAUUCCCCCAGGAACAUCGUCCCACUCUAAAGUUCGACUAUCUGGAAAAGGAAUGAGGAAAGUAAACGGGGUAGGUUACGGAGAUCACUAUGUCAAUAUUAAAAUUACAGUACCAACGUCGCUUACGGAACAGCAAAAAGCUCUGUUGAUGGCUUACGCGGAGUUGGAAUCUAACACACCUGGUUCAGUCUUCAAUGUCACUUCUAAAAAAGACGGCUCCGCUGGGGAAACUCAAGCGAAACAAGAAGUACAGGGUGAAAAUAAUCAACCCGAUGGAACGAAACAGUGUUACGAUGGGCCUCUGAAUUUAAUAGAAUUGAUAAGAAAAGCUUUAAAUGAGUCGCAAUCAUCUGAUGUUAAACGGACGUCUGAUAAAACAACCAAUGAAUCUACCAGUAAUAAAAAAUCAAAAAUUGACGACAACAGCAGCGAUCACCAGAUGAAGAUGAAUCAGAAGAUGCCUUAA